GCAGCGUUUUGCAGUGGUGGAGAAGAACGUAUACGUCAUUUCCACAAUGGCGGAGGCAGGGUGAGGAGGAGAGUGAGCUUCUGUGUGUGUGUGUGUGUGUGUUUGAGUGAAGCGGUGCCGUAAAUCGUUCAGAGAGCUACAUCGCCUCGUUACACCCCCCCCCCACCCAUACGUCCCCCCCUUUCCCCCCUCCCCCCCCCGCGACCGGUGCCCACGUAAAAUGGCCCUGAACCCCAACGCGGCGGGGAGAAGGGACACGCAAUGCACCGAGCCGGGCGAUCUUCAGCCGGAGGAGGGCGGCGAGCCCCCGAAGAACUCAGCCGCCACCUCGGCCACGACCAAUCAAAAUGGCGAUCAGCCUGGAUGCGGAGACGCUGUAAUGCCCGAGCAAGAAGCCCCCGAUCGGCGGAGGAGCGCGCAGGCGGACGCCCGGAGCUCUGGCAGCUCUGCCCCGCCGGGCACCCGACCCGGCGAAGAGCAGCCGCGGAGGAACUUUCAGAUUCCGAGGAAGAUAAAAGGCUUGUACCAGUUCCUGCCGCCUGACAGCCGGGAGUUCGAGGAGCUGGUGAAGGUGGUCUCGUCGUUCUACCUGGACGCUUCGUCGCGGGGGACCUUCUCCUACUGCAAGGCCCGGCUCAUCCACAACGAGCUGCUGGAGAAGGAGUUCAUCGAGAAGCGGAGAGAGAUGAAGCAGGAGGGGCGGACGGAGGUGGAGCUGACGGAGUCGUACUGCUUCCUGUAUCCCGACAAGUCCAAGCUGCAGUGGAUCUGUGAGAAGGGUCUGUCGGUGGGACACUCCAGGAUCACCACCCUGGGGAACCCCUCAGCGGGUGUUUACGUCUCCAAACAUUCGGACCUGUUACAAAUCAAUCCCUUCGAGGUGGGCUCGUCCGGAGACAUGAUCGUCUUCAAGGUCAUGAGGGGUCGAAUAAAGCACAUCCACGAGAACAUGCCCAAAAACGCCAUGGAGCCGACUCCCAAAUUCGACUGUCACUUGUCCAAAAGUGCCAACAGGGUGACGUCGCUGCUGUCCUACCGGGCCUUCGAGCUCACGCAGCAAUACUUUUCUGAGUUUGCUUUCGACGAGAUCAAGGCCCGGCCGCGGCACGUGUGCCCCUACGCCGUGGUCUCCUUCAAGUACAAAGGCAAGGAGGCCGCCGCCACUCCGAUGACAUCACACAGGUUUAACACAAUUUCCUCUGAAGGAGGUCGAGGGAGGAGCUGCUACACCGUGUGGAGCGGUCCGCUGGUCAACAAGGGCCACGAGUUAUUCCCCAUAUGUUUACGAUCCACCUCGCGCCCUUACCUCCCCUUCAAACUGCCGGAGAAGCUGGAGAUGAGUAGAGGCAUGCAGCUCGAUCAGGUGAAGCGAAAGAUUCCCUCCGUGCUCUUUUCCUGGGACACUUACAGCGCAUCGCGGGAAGUGAUGAAGUGCGGGAUGUGCUGCAGCCUGUUCGAGGUGCUGGAGGGGAAGGGCAAGCCCACCAGCGGCAGCUUGGCGGCGCUGACCCACAAACUGGAGCGGGACCGGAUGGUGCUGGUGAAGUCCCUGUUCGACCGGGGCUUUCUCUUCCUGCUGUCCUCGGCGCAGAUGGUCGAGUCCAAAGAGCGGCGGGGGCGAGUCGAGAAGAACCUGCAAGCGUUGUUCAUCUUUCAGGAGGCGAGGAUGGUUGUCAAGUGUUCGCCCCGUCUCUUCGAGCCGGAGCCCCAGCCGACCGUCCUGCCCUCCGGGGACCCCUUCGUCCCGGCGCUGCACUACGCGCUCUUCAAGCUGCGCCUCAACCCAGGCAAGGACCCGAGCCUGGGGGUGGAGCGGCAGGCCGCCGACUACCUGACCCGCAUGGACGCCGGCACGGUGCGGCCGUUCGUCCUCCCCGACUACAAGAACAACGUGGACGAAAGGACCAACCCGCUGCUGGUGCACCGACCCAAGUGCAACAUGGACGCCGUGCUGCGCUCGUACGUGCACAACCCCGGCUACUACGUUUUACCUCUGAGCAAGACGAGGGAGGUGGUCGACAGGAUACGGAACCCCGCGCCGGCCCCUCCCUCGGCCCCGCCCGCGGCCUCGGCCCCGCCCCCGGUGGAGUACAGCCCCGUGUCUGACUGGGGCGGCUCGGACCGCGGCUCGGACCGCGCCGAGAAGCCCCCCAAGGAGAGGCCGGCGCCGGAGAAGCAGGGGACGGCCCAUUCCAACGGGGCCCCGGCGCAGCCCAAGGCCCCCGCGGCGGAGGCCCAGCCUCCGCCCCCCCACAGGCUGCGCCUGUCCCAGAACGAGUACGACAAGGAAAAGAUGAAGCAGCUGCUCAAGCUGAUCCAGCUCCACAAGAAGGCCAUCGUGAAGGAGCCGGGGAAGGAGCGGGGGGAGGACGACGCGUGGGACAUCAGCAGCCUGAAGAGGAGGUUCGAGGGCGACGACCGGGGGGGCGCCAACAAGCGCCAGCGCGUGGAUCAGCUGAGCAACGGGGAGCCCAGCAGAGGGCACCAAUCGGAGGAGAUCGGGGACGAGGGCGUUCCCGGCGACAACCUGACGGCGGUGAUGGAGAGCAUGGGCAUCUACGACACCGACCUGAGGGCCCACGGCAACGCCGGCGCCCCCGCCGUCAACGAGACCCAGCGCCUCCUCAAGAUCCUGCUGGCCACGCUGAACAAAGCUGUGGCUCAGGGGUCCGUGUCGGCGCCGCCGGACAUGUUUGGCGAGCCGUCGGCGGGCAGCGGGGAGCCCGCCGACCCCGAGCCCAAGAAGCCGAAUGAGCCGGCGUGUCAGACCAAUUACACAGAGGAGGACAUGGACUGCAGCCCUGCCAGUCCCCUCAGCCCGGGCUCCCCCCCUGAGCCCCCUCACACCUCAGACACCCCCACCUGGGUGUGCCCCGCCAUCGAAGACCAAGCGCAGCCUCUCCCUGAGCCGAAGCCCGAGGCCGUGACGGCGGCGGCGGCGGACAGCUACGCGGACCGGCAGGCGGCGGCCAUCGCCGCGGCGACAAAGAAGACGCCCACGCCGCCAGUCCUGGAGGAGGUCUCGCUCAGGCCCUCCAUCAGCCUGGACACCAUCCUCAACCAGGAAAUCCACAGUCUCACCUCCGACAUUAAAAGCAUCAUGCACACCCACCGCGUCUGCUACUCCUCGCGUCUGUCCCCCCGCCUGCCGCUGCGCCAGCGCUGGCUGCCCAACAGCCGCUUCUCGGACUUCGUGGUGCCCUACGUGACGCCCGUCGGCGUCCAGGGCCACGUCAGGGCGCUGUGCGACAAGAUGGACAGGCUGAUCCCGGCCCCGCCGCCCCCCUCCAAGGCUGCGUCCCCGCCGCCCCCAGUGACGACGUCCAGCCUCGCCACGCCGCCCCCGACCCCGGCGCCGGCCUCCAAGCCCAGAGCGGACCCCUCCCCGCCAAUGAGCGCCGCCUCCUCUCACAGCGGCAGAAUGGGCGGGGCGGCGGUGGCGAGGCUGAAGACGGAGGCCUCGUCGGCGGAGCUGGAGGGAGACGUCUACUCGCCCUCUCAGGUCACACCCGAGUCCCCGGACACAAAGUCCCGGAAAAGUACUUCCGGCCUGCUGGCCGGCAGCCUCAUCGGUCAGCUGAAGCCAGAGGUGUUCAGCAGCCUGGUGGAGAUCUUCAAGGACGUCACCAAGAACACGGUCAAGUUCUACAUCUACUGCGGGGACGAGGGGGAGGAGAGCACGGUGUGCAAGGAGAUCAAGGAGUACUUAAAGAGCCUCGGGAACAGCGAGUGCAUCCCGCAGACGUUUCUGGAAAACAGCGGCAGCCUGGACAAGCUCCUCAUCAUCAUCCAGAACGAGGACAUUGCCGCCCAUGUGCACAAGAUCCCAGCGCUGGUGUCCUUGAAGAAGUUGCCCUCGGUGAGCUUCGCCGGAGUGGACUCUCUGGACGACGUGAAGAACCACACCUACAACGAGCUGUUCGUGUCCGGGGGCUUCAUGGUGUCCGACGAGUUCGUCCUCAACCCGGACCUCAUCACGCAGGAUCGUCUGCAGGGGCUUCUGAAGUUCCUGGAGGAGCAGAGCACCCCCGAGCACCCCUGGCAGUGGAAGGUGCACUGCAAGUCCCAGAAGAAGCUCAAAGAGCUGGGCAGGUUAAACGCCAACGCCAUGGGGCUGCUGAACCUCCUCACCUGCUAUCAGAAGAAGCACCUGGUGGAGUUCCUGCCGUACCACGAGUGCGACACGCAGUCGCGUCAGGCUCCGGACCUCGAGUGUCUGAUCAAGCUCCAGGCUCAGCACACGCAGCAGCGCCACCUCAUCUUCCUCACAGAGAGGCCGUUUGAGAUGUUCCUCCAGUACUCCAGGAACGGUAUAGUGAUCGGCAGCAUCGACGACGUGAUGAGCGGGUUCCACAGUCUGAUCGGCUCCAUCAACCAGAAUGAGAUCCCGACGCCGCCCUCUACUGUAGUGAACGACGAGUGUGUGGAGGAGGACAUGUCGCUAGACUCCGAAGACGGCGAUGACCCCGAUGACGGCAACGCCGCCGAAGAGCCGGCCGCCACGUCGGAUCCCCCGGAGCGAAGCCAGGCCGGGGGGAGGCCCCCGCCCCCGCCGGAGUCCGAGGAGUUUCGACCUCCGUUGCCGGAGCAGCAGGCCACGCCGGAGAGAGCGCCCACGGUGUCGGACUACAGCGCCCUCAAAACGGCCAUCUCUCAGUUCAAGUCCACCAACCAGAUGGGGGCGGGCUCCUCGGACGUCGGCGGCCUGUCGCCGGGGGGUUUCCCUGUGAACCCCCACCAGAGCUUCCUGUGCCCCUCCGCCUCGUGGUACGUCGGCGCCUCCAGCUACGCGGCCUCCCCAGCCUACCCGCCGUCCCCCUGCAGCAGCACCCACGAACAGGAAUACCGCCCCCCGGUACCGGCAGCCGCGGCCCCCACAGCCAUCCCGAUCCCGGCCCCGCCCGUCAUGGCCAACCUGGGGUCCCUCCCCCUGGAGGUGAAGCCCCCCCCGCCACCGCACCUCAUGAUGCUGGGCCACGGGUACGGCUCUGACGCGGGAGGAGCCGGGGCCGUCGGGAACUCGCCCCUCCCCCCCUCCCUCCCCUACGCAGACCACAGUGACUCGGCCCAGCCGGCUUACGUUGCCGGCAUUCCCCUAAACGCUAGCGGGCCCCCGCCCGCACUCCAUGACGGGACACUCACUCGACCCGGGGACACCCUGUGGGGGAACAGCGCUUGUCUGACUGCUGGCGGCCAGGCCGGGGUCCCGCCCGGCCCCGCGGACCCCGGCAGGCUCCCUCAGACCGGGGAGCCCCUCGGCGCCGGCCCCGGCGGUCGGGGGGGCAGGACUCAGGCGAACUGCAUCAACAAACCCGGAGCUCCCGUGGCCAUGCCCGCAGUGGCCACCAGGGGGGGCUCAGUAGUCAGGCCCAAGAUGCCUCCGCGGCCAAUGUGUGGCAUGGGCUACGGACAGAUGGAUCACGGGCCCAUGCGGGGCGGCAUGGGUCUCGGGCCUUCGGGAGGCUUUCGGGGUAGAGGAGCGCCGCCGGUGGGGCUCUGGCCUCGGCCAGGGCGAGGACACGAUCGGGGGGGCGGGCCGUGCUCCUGGGGUUACCCGGCGAGCAGGGGCGGGGCGCGGGGUCCCUACUCGGACUACACAUACACUCACAAUUACGCCCCCGAAUAGACAAUCGACACGACCGAAAGGGCAACACAAACUCCAGAGACUUUAAAAGCUGGCUGAAUGUAAAUAUGUCAUGAACGCAUCAAUUUGAAUUGGAAAAUAAGGAGUUCUGGUUUUCUACAUUAAUAAAAUAAUUGAUACAGGCAGUGCCGAGUGUCCUGGCGUUGCGUGAACUGUGCGUACACUCUUUCCAUGUGAGCUCUUUGAGACCCUGUUCAAACCACUAUAUUUAUAUUUGCCAACAAAUGGUAAUGGCCUUCCAGCUUCUCGGAAUUGAACACGUUAUUUCUGUUUGUCCAGGUUUUGAAACGGUUUGUGAACAAGGGGAAAGGCUGAUAUUUUUUUAAGUAAAAAAAAAAAGUGAAUGAAAUAUUAAUUUUGCUGUUGGAUUUCUUUUUUUUAUUUGACAUACUUGGUUUCUCAAAGUCUAUGAAAAUAAAACAUUUCAAAUCUUA